CAUGUGCUUCACAAGGUUCCUUUUGGGGAUGGACCUUAUGUUAGAGCCAAGCAUGCUCAGCUGGUAGAUAAGGACCCUGAAGCUGCAAUUGUAUUAUUUUGGAAAGCAAUAAAUUCAGGGGAUAAAGUGGACAGUGCUUUGAAAGAUAUGGCGGUGGUGAUGAAACAGUUAGACAGAUCCGAAGAAGCAAUUGAAGCCAUUUGCUCAUUUAGAAGCCUCUGCCCCAAACAAUCUCAAGAAUCUCUUGAUAAUGUACUAAUAGAUCUGUACAAGAAAUGUGGAAAACUAGAUGAGCAAAUAGAAUUGCUGAAGCAAAAGCUGAAGUUGAUCUACCAAGGCGAGGCCUUCAAUGGAAAACUCACAAAGACAGCACGUUCUCAUGGCAAGAAGUUCCAAGUUUCAAUUAAGCAGGAAACUUCAAGACUACUGGGAAACCUAGGCUGGGCCUACAUGCAAAAGAUGAAUUACAUCAUGGCAGAGGUAGUUUAUCGGAAGGCCCAACUAAUCGAUCCAGAUUGUAACAAGGCUUGUAACUUGGGCCUGUGCCUCAUCAAACAAGCCCGUUAUGAAGAAGCCCAAUUAAUACUUAAUGAUGUUUUAGAAGGCAAAUUACCAGGCUCAGAUGAUGGCAAGUCAAAAAAACGGGCCCAAGAUCUCUUAACAGAGUUAAGAUCCCUUCUUCCUGCACCGCAGUUAUCGGAUAUUUUGACCCUUGAUGAUGAGUUCAUCAAAGGCCUUGAACAGAUGAUGAAUCAAUUGGGGCCGGUUAGAUCAAAGAGACUUCCAAUUUUUGAGGAGAUUUCUUCAUUUAGAGAUCAGUUAGCAUGUUAAAUUUUCCACUAUGUACAGAUUUGGUCAUACUUAUUCCUUUUGUUUAUCGCCUGCUUCUUUUCUUUAAUUUUCAAAGUGUUGGUUUUUUGGGUGGGGGAAGAGGAAAUAGAAAUAGAAUAUACAAGGUGAAGCCUAAAUUAAAGUUGAGUGAAGAUUUUGAUGUAAAUUCACAAAGGGAUGAAAGUAAUAAGCCUGAUGUAAACUUUUUAAUAACAAAAACUUGCUUUCUUAAAAUUGUACUUAUUUUAUAGUUAGAAAUAGAACAAAAUAAAUAAAAGGAUUAAUGUUA